CGUCGGAAAAGAAAAACAAAACUCUCUUUUUAAUCGCUCUCUCCCGAGUCGAAGAUAUAGAUCGUACGUUCGUGUGAUCUCUCAGGUUUGCUUCUUCCUCGACUCCGGAUCUCCGAUGAUUUCUUCGUGCUUUCAAUUUCGGUGUCCGCUUCGUCUCGAUCUUCGCCGUCCCUAUUCGCAUCGAUUACCCACGAAGCUAGGGUUUCGCCGAUGAAGGAUGAUGAAAUCAAAUCAAUCUGAUUGGUGUUUUUGUGCAUAGUUAGGCUUUUAUACGUAUGAACACGCUCGCGAUUUCGGAAGAUCGAUCAUCUACGGCGUUACGAUUAGAUUAGGGUUAUGAAUGGAGAUUAGGUUUAUUUGGUUUUGGUUUUAGUGUAUGUGGACUUGGUGCUCUACGAUACUUGGAGUGUUAGCGUGAACUUGAGAGAGUAUCAGAGGAUUGGAGGUUUUUGAUUCUUCUCAGUCUUGUUACUCCUUGGGAAGCGUGUUACUCUUCUGAGGUUUUCUGUGGGUCAUCAUGGAUGAAGCAGCAACAGCAAUCGUCUCUGUGGUGUACAGUCUGCUAAAGUUAGUGUUUUUCUCGAUGUGUUUUAUAGUAUGAGUUACAAGGCUCCAAGGAGAUGCUCUAACGGAAGGAACUUUGGAGUGGAAAGACACCAAGAUUUUGCAGCUGAUAUAGCUCCGAGAAGACCUUAUGAAAACAAGGGUCCUAAUAAGUGGUCUAGGAAUCUGGUUUGGACUGCAUCAGAUGGAAACAAGCCAAGGAAGAAUGGUAACACCUAUGGGUCAACGAAAUCACAAGUUUCUGGCACAGCAGCUAGUGUGUCGCAGCAGAGGAAGAAUGCUGGGUAUGGUCAAGUUUCAGACACGAGAGGUUGGGGGUCUAGUAAUAGAGGCAGUCCCAAGUCUAAGGAAUGUGUGUGUAAGUUUUGGAAAGCUGGAAACUGCAAGAAGGGUGAUCAAUGCUCUUUCUUGCACUCUUGGUCUUGCCUCCCUGGAUUGGUCAUGGUAGCUGCUCUUGAAGGACACAAGAAGGAUCUAAAGGGGAUUGCCCUCCCUCAGGGUUCAGAUAAACUCUUUUCAGCCAGUAGCGAUGGUACAUUGAGAAUAUGGGACUGCCACACUGGCCAGUGCGUUCAUACAAUCAACCUCCAGGCAGAAGCAGGGUCUUUAAUCUGUGAAGGACCAUGGGUUUUCCUUGGCUUGCCAAAUGCUGUUAAGGCUUUUAACGUUCAAACCAGUAAAGAUUUACAUCUUAACGGAGUGGUUGGUCAGGUCCGUGCUAUGACUGUUGGCAAUGGAAUGCUUUUUGCUGGAACAACUUCUGGUAGUAUAUCUGUCUGGAAAGCAACUGACUCCGAGUCUGAUCCUUUCACAUAUCUCACAUCUCUGGAGGGACACCAUAGCGGUGAAGUCACAUGCUUUAUUGUUGGAGGUCAUCGACUAUACUCUGGUUCUGUUGAUAGAACAAUAAAGGUGUGGGAUCUCAAUACACUGGAAUGUACAAUGACACUGAGGCAACAUACCGACGCUGUCACGUCGCUCUUAUGUUGGGAUCAGUAUCUCAUAUCGUCUUCUUUGGAUGGGACCAUCAAAGUUUGGGCUUGUUCUGACAAUGGCAGCUUGAAAGUUACUAAUACCCGCAGACACGAACAAAGUGUGCAUACUCUUUGUGGGAUGAGCGAUGCAGAGGGCAAACCGAUCAUGUUCUGCUCUUACCAAAACGGAACAGUCGGCAUAUGCGAUCUACCAUCUUUUGAAGAGAGAGGAAAGAUGUUCUCGACGAACACGGUCGGUGCAAUCACAGUUGGUCCUGAAGGGUUGUUAUUCACUGGAGACAGGAGUGGGAAGCUGCGUGUUUGGAAUUUAGCUGGCACCAAAGUUUAACAAUUUAUCAAUUCUCGGUUGAUUUAAUAUGUACAUGGAAUUGUUCUUAUGUAAUGACUGGGGUACUAAGAAAAUUAAUUCUGAAAUGCGCUCAUUAUAGUUUA